UGAACAUUGUGCCCUGCUGCUGGAAAAAGGCACGUGAGUUUGAGUUAUUCAGUCACUAGCUUUCGGAGGAGAUACUCUCACGUAUCUCCACUUUUCAAAGGAAAAGGGUUCCUUAACUUAGCAGCAACAAAUUAUUCACAUUCUUUAUUUUUUAAAAACAACAACAACAAAACAUUCCCAUGUCAAAGAGACUCUGUGUCACAGCUGAAUCCACAGCAGAGAUUGAAAUAACCUCAUCUGAAUCUCUGUGUCCCGGUUUAAACCCCCCCCCCUUCAGACAGCAGUGAUCUUUGAGCCAUCGGGUCUGAAUUUCCUGGAAAGGAAACACGCCCAUUUGCAGACGCAAAAGAGAGAAAACUAAACCAUCUCUCUCUUCCUGGCGAGGCAGCCAUGGCAGGGAGUCCGGCGCAGGAUCUCUGUGACGAAGCCAUUUGUUCUAUCUGCCUAGAGUAUUUCCAGGAUCCAGUCAUCAUCCCGGAGUGCGGGCACAAUUUCUGCAGAUCUUGCCUGAGCCAGUGGUGGGAGAAAUCUGAGGCGGAGGCUUCCUGCCCCCAGUGCAGAGAACAAAUUAAGCAGAGGAACCUCAUCCCGAAUCAGCCACUGGCAACUGUUUUGGAAACGCUGAGAGCCAAAGAACUCAGUCUUCAGGGCUGGGAAACGGUAGCAGGAAAGGAGGGAAGGUGUGAGACACACCAGGAGCCCCUGAAACUCUUCUGCAAGGACCACAAAAGGCCCAUCUGUCUGGUUUGUGACAGAUCCAAGGAACAUGAAAACCACAAGGUGAUUCCUCUGGAGGAGGCUUCCCAGGAGUACAAGGAUCAGAUCAGCAGCUGCUUAGACAAUCUGAGGAAGAAGAAAGAGAAAACUCUGGCAUUUAAAGCGGACGUAGAAAAAGAAAGUCAAGACCUGCUUAAACAAAUAGAAGCAGAGAAGGGAAAGAUGGUGGCUGAGUUCAGACGACUGCGCCAGUUUCUGGAAGAACAAGAGAAGGCUCUGCUGGCCCAGAUGGCAGAAGUGGAGAAGGAGAUUGCAAAGAAAAGGGAGGAGCAGCGGGCCAGACUCUCUGGGGAACUCUCCUCUCUUGAAAGUCUCAUCCGGGAGAUGGAGGAGAAGCGUUGGCAGCCAGCGAAUGAACAACUGCAGGAUAUUGGAAGCUUCUUACAGAGGUCUCAGGCAAAGGAGAAGUUGGAGAACCUUCCUGUGCCUUUCCCCUCUGCACUGAAGUGGAAGGUCUGGGAUUUCUGCGAUAUAAAUCCCUUUCUGGAAGGUGUCAUGAAGCAGUUCAGAGACUCUCUGGGAUCAGGACUUCAGCUGAGAAAAGAAAAUGUAACUUUGGAUCCUGACACAGCAAAUCCCUGGCUCCUCUUGUCUGAGGAUCGUAAGAGUGUGAGGCGAGGAGGAGAACGUCAAGUUCUGCCCGACAGACCGGAGAGAUUUAACAACUAUUAUUACGUGCUGGGUCGUGAGGGGUUCACAGCAGGCAGGCAUUUCUGGGAAGUCACCGUGGGGAGAGAUGAGGGGUGGGCUGUGGGGGUUGCCAAAAGUUCUGUCCAGAGGAAGCAGGUGAUCACUGCUGGUCCCGAAGAAGGGGUCUGGGAUCUGGGGAAGUGGGGAGGCGCAUACAGGGCUGCCUGUCUCGGUUCACGGACUGUUCUGCCCCUGAGUUGCGAGCCCAGGAGGAUCCGAGUGGCCCUGAACUGUGAAGGGAGGCGGAUGGCCUUUUACGAUGCCGAUAGAGCAGCCCGCCUCUGCACGUUCUCAGCAGCCUCCUUCUCGGGAGAGACCCUCCAGCCCUUGUUUUCUGUGUUCAGUAAGGGCCACCUAAACCUGGCUGCCUAAGGGUGGAGGCAGACAAGACGGGGGAACCCCCUGCUGUUGCCACACGCAUGCUGCUUCCUUCUCAGGAAUGAGCUGUGAGGUUACUUUCUCCCUGAGGAGAAGCCAUAUUUGCAGAACAGUGGCUGGCUGGCUCUUUCACCGCUUGUCCUGCUCAGGCCAGGUGUCUAGGAAGGGCUGUCAGAUAGCCUGUACACCUUGUCCCAUGCUUCAGUCAGUGUUUCCUCGGGAGUCUGUGGCCUGGGUUGGUUAUGAAACUCAGAUGUAAGAAAGAAAAUCCUGUGUCCGCCUAGGUCUUUCACUAACCUUCCCAAGAUGGUCACGUUCACCUUGUAGGUGAUGCUGGAAGCCAGGAUGGUGCUGAUCUAAGGAACUCUAAGGGAUGGUGGUACAUAUCUAUGUAUACAAUUAUUUCCAUUGAAAUAAUCUGCAGCUAACAGUUGGGCAGAUCCAUCUAUAGAUUUUUAGAGAGCACCUCUGCUUGUACUUUUGUGUGUCUGGACAUAUUUGGGGUUUCUCGUGUGUUAACCCCAGUGUGGUGUAGUGGUUAAGAGCGAUAGACUCGUCAGAGAUCACAAAGAAAGGAAUAUAUGAUAACAACAAGAAGAUGAGGAAAAUAACAAAGAGACUAUCUGGACAGAACUGGAUAGAACUGUUCAAUUCAAGCAGCUGCAGCAAGAGUGAAGUUUGGAUCCCUUUCGGAGCUUGAAGUAUGGGUACCCCCAACAAAAUUUUAAAAAAUUUGGCUGUAUAAUUUGGAACUAAUGUGAUUUGGAAUUAAUGUGAUUUGAUUGGCCUGUUAAUAAAAAAUAUAUUUUAGAAAAAAAGAGCAAUACUCGUAAUCUGGGGAACCGGGUUUGCGUCUCCGCUCCUCCACAUGCAGCUGCUGGGUGACCUUGGGCUAGUCACACUUCUCUGAAGUCUCUCGGCCCCACUCACCUCACAGAGUGUUUGUUGUGGGGGAGGAAGGGAAAGGAGAUUGUUAGCCGCUUUGAGACUCGUUCGGGUAGUGAUAAAGCGGGAUAUCAAAUCCAAACUCUUCUUCUUCUUCUUUUAUCAAAGAUUUUGCUUCCUGUUGCUCUUUUGUCAUUGGCACCUCAAAAAUCGUAACAGCCUCUCGCCACCAAGAAAAUACAACGAGCGAAUAGUAAGAGAACCUACACAAGGAACACUGACGCAAAACCCCACACAUACACUAAGUAGAAGAAUAGAAACAUAAACACCCUACUCACCA